AUCUCGUUCGACUCCGAUAUUUACUAACUCCCACUCAUAUUAAUUUCAAAAUAUAAUAUCUUCUGUUUGUGUUGUUGACAUUAUCGAGACUUUAAGCGGUGGAUUGAAUCAGAUCUUGGGCGAGAACAUGGCGGACGAGAGAUAUAACCGGAAGAACCCGGCGGUGAAGAGGAUUCUCCAGGAGGUUAAGGAGAUGCAAGCUAAUCCCUCUGACGAUUUCAUGUCUCUUCCCCUCGAGGAGAAUAUAUUUGAGUGGCAAUUCGCGAUCAGAGGCCCUAGCGAGACUGAAUUUGAAGGAGGGAUUUAUCAUGGGAGGAUUCAGUUGCCUUCAGAUUAUCCUUUCAAACCUCCUUCCUUCUUGUUAUUGACCCCUAGUGGUCGUUUUGAAACUAACACCAAGAUUUGCUUGAGUAUUUCUAAUUACCAUCCCGAGCAUUGGCAGCCAUCAUGGAGUGUUCGGACUGCUUUGGUGGCUCUCAUUGCGUUCAUGCCUUCAAACCCCAGUGGAGCAAUAGGCUCUGUAGAUUACCCCAAGGAGGAGAGACGUGCACUUGCCACUAAAUCACGCGAGUCACCACCCAAAUAUGGUUCUCCUGAGCGUCAAAAAGUUAUUGAUGAGAUUCAUCAGUACAUGCUCAGCAAGACACCUUCUCCGAAACCUAAUCCUGAGGAAUGUAACAAAACGUCUUCUGCUGAUUCGGAUGGUCAGUCCCAAACCAAGCCGCAGGACACUGAAGCUGCUACAGCCGAACCUGUUACAGCUGUUGAAGAGAAUGGAGUCGAUCAAAUCGCUGAAGAGGCAGGUCAGACAGUUGUUCCUGGAGCAAAUGCAGGGGAAAAUGUUGCAGCGGGAGACAACAGAAACGGUUUGGUGAGGCAGAGGGAGCAAGCGACUGUUGCUGUUAGGGCGGCUCAGAGAAGGGGUGAUGACAGGCUGUUCACGUGGGCAGCGGUUGGACUCACGAUUGCGAUAGUGGUUCUUUUGCUAAAGAAGUUGGUAAGGUCAAGUGGUCACGGCGCUCUGUUUAUGGAUGAGUCGUGAACGCUUAACUCAAAGAUUGGGAGAUGUGGACGAAGAAAGCAUCAAAAGUUGGAAGUAUUUAUAUAUCAUAUGUAUCUAUUACGUAAAUGAAUAAAUAAGUAAUUAAUUAUACUAAAUGAGUUUCUUUGAUAGUGUGCUAAAAACUUUUUCUUUCUGAUU